UUCCGUGGAAGUGCCAACCCCCUCGCAUCGUGUCCCUGCAGCAGCUGCACCCGGCGUUAGCUUCAUUGCCCUUGCUUCCCGACAAUUCUAGCAUGCUCUCGUUGGCUGCGUCUCAACUGUGGGAAGCCGCGCUGCAUAUGCGAGUAUUGUUCAAUGGCCGUUUAACAUCUCUAAUCUGGCUAGCAGGGGCGGGCGAGUGGGACCCUCGGGCCGUCCAAAGAUUUCCCUCCUUCUUCCCGAUGUGCUUCUUACUUUCGCCUACGGAGUACAACAAAUGUAUCGUAGUAUUUCAACCGACCCUGUCUAUCCCGUUGUUAGGACACCUACGAGUAAUGAAUCGGACGGAAAUACCUCUUCCCAAAGCGAGAAACAAAUUCGACACCUAGCAAUAGGGACGUGAUUGGUUCAGACAAAGUC